CUCGCGUACGUGAAACGUCUGCGGUGACGAUGGCCGACGUGCGCCGGUGCGUGGUACGCCGUGCGCCACCCGGACCGCUUCUUUCCCGGCCGCCAUUUUGCCGGCGCCAUGGAAGCGGGAGGCCGGAGCUGCGGAAGGCGAAGGAAGUGCACUCCGGUGGCCGGCGACCCAUGUCGAAGUCUCUGCGAGGGAGCGCGGCCUCGACGGGCGGACGGGGACGCCGGAUGUGGAGGGGAUACAGGAGCGGAGCACGCGUGCAGGCCAGGCCGGGCUGGCUGUUGUUCUCUGACCAGGAGCAGGCCACUGACCGGGGCUCACGUCCACUGUCCGUCCGCUGCAACUUGCAGGCCAGGCCGUGCGCACACGCGUUCCAGACGAUAGCUACGCCUCUCUGGCCUCUGCCUCUGCGAUGAUGGAUGAUAGACAUACAUACAUGCACACGUAGAAGAAGACGCACGUUCGAUCCAGUCGCAGCGCCCGGCCUCAACUGUUCCAAUCGAUCCGAGACCGAGGCUUGGAUAGAGAAAGUCGCCGUCGCCAUCUCCAUCAGCCACCACCCCGCGACGCUCGCAUUAAAAAUCGCCAAUCCACGGGCUAAACAACAAACAUAAACACCGUACCCGGCCAGAGGACUGCCGGACGGACAAUGGAUGGAUAGAUCCAUUCAGCCACCCGAUUCGAUUGGCCCUCGUCCCUGUUGCAUCAUGCUGGUCGUAAUGGGCAGUAUCAUAUAGUAGUAUCAUAUGAUACUACUUCUGUAAUGCAUAUUAUUAUAAAUUAGUAUUUUAGACUGUCUUAUUAAUUGUCAUGCAUGACACAAAGUAGUAAAAUAUUUAAUAUGAUACAGUAUCAUGAUAUGAUACUAUAUCCUUUUUUUCUUCAAUUAUUUGUGUGUCACAGCAUCUAAAAAGUCUAGUUGACAUGUAUGAUACCGCUUAUGAUACUCUCAUUACAACCAGCCUCAUAUGCAUGCCCCUUUUAAUUGUCAACUGUCCUCGGAUGUUUUCCUCGGCGUAUAAACUAAUCUCCGCGAACCGAUCAAGACGCAAUCAAAGGCUGGUCGUUGGAUUUUUAAGCCGGUGGCCGGGCGAGCACCCAGACCACUACUAGCUAGCCACGGAUAAAAGAAUGUGCAGCUAAUUAAGACGACGAUGGCAACGCCAGCGCGCAAAUCAUGCAACUGCAACCGGCGGCGAUGGCUACAGCCUACAGGCCACCAGCAGGUCGUCGUCCCGUGGGGAUCCUUCUAAUUUUCCCGAUAAAACGUUUGAAUAAUUUCAAAAUUGCUCUUUGUCUUUACCAGAACCGGGGCCCGCUUUCGUCGAGGAUUUGAAUAUUCCAGCUCGGAUUUGUAUAUGCGUAAGUUAUAUAAGAUAUAAAAAAGAUGGUGGAAAUGCGCAGUCGGCUCUCUCUUUCCUCGGCCGCUCGGUUAGUUUGACCAACGUGGCGCAGUGCAAACCCGGCUGCCUUGUCUUGUCUGAACGCGUGCGUCGCUGCGUUCGCUCGCCUCGCCUUGCCUUUGCCCUGCCCCGGCCCCCGGGCGGGUUGACCUCUUCCCUGCGCUGCGCUGCGUCGGGGAAGAAGCAAGGCAGGCCGCUGGCGUUGGGUUGGUGGGAUUUAUACGCCCUGCCGUGCCCGCCUCCUUCCCGUCUCCGACUUUUGCCAGAGAGAGAGAGAGAGAGAGAGGGUACGUGAGCCUCCGACGACCAAGAGGAGCGAGGUAGACGAUACACAGAGCGCAAGAAGCGCGGCGGCGCCCUGCUCGCUCCGGCGAACGUGCGUGCUUCCGGGCGAGGCUCCGGCAAGUGAUCGAGUCAGGCGCCCACCGUUGUUGCUGCUCCGUCCGUCGUGGACUGGCCCGUGGAUAGAGAAUGGACGCGGCGACGCGGCGGGCGCGGCUGCUCCUGCUGCUCGUGGCGGCCACCGUGCCGGCGGGGCUCUGCCAGACCAACCCGGACGAUGCCGCGGCGCUCCGGUCGGUGAUGGGCGCGUGGACCAACUACCCGUCGAGCUGGAAUUCCGGCGACCCCUGCGGCGCGCCGUGGGACGGGAUCAUGUGCAGCGGCAACGGGAGGGUGACAUCGCUGCGGCUAUCCAGCGCCAACAUGCAGGGCACGCUCAGCGACAGCAUCGGGCAGCUCGGCCAGCUCAUGUUCCUUGACCUUUCGUUCAACAGCGGUCUCAGUGGUACGAUCCCCGCUUCGAUUGGGAACCUUGGGAAGCUUACGACACUAAUCUUGGCUGGUUGCAGCUUCAGCGGAGACAUUCCUAAAGAACUAGGCAACCUCCUGCAGAUGACAUUCCUGGCGCUGAAUUCAAACAAGUUGACGGGCACAAUACCGCCUCAGCUUGGCCUACUCUCAAAACUCUUCUGGCUAGACCUGGCAGAUAAUGCCAUCACAGGAAGUGUCCCUAUCUCAACAGGAACGACACCGGGCCUUGACCUUCUUACCAACACGAAGCACUUCCAUUUCAACAAGAACCAGCUAUCUGGAACGCUUACAGGCCUCUUCAAGUCUAAUAUGACCCUCAUACACAUAUUGUUUGAUAGCAAUCAGUUCACAGGCCCAAUUCCGCGUGAGCUUGGAAGCAUUACCUCGCUCCAAGUACUCCGACUGGAUAGGAACCAAUUUGCGGGAGCAGUUCCUAACAUCACCAACUUGGUCAACCUAAAUGAGCUGAACUUGGCAACCAACAAGCUAACUGGAUCAGUGCCAAAUCUCAGCAGCAUGAACGUGUUAAAUGUUGUGGAUUUAAGCAACAACAGCUUUACCGCGUCAGCAAUCCCAGCCUGGUUCACAAAUCUAACAAAUAUUUCUUCAAUAUCGUUGUCUUCUGCGAGCCUCACUGGCGAGGUCCCCCAGGAACUCUUCAAUUUGCCCCAGCUGCAUGAAGUUGUAAUGAGCAAAAACCAGUUGAACGGAGUACUUACGAUGCCAGGCAGCAUCGGCACACAACUGCAAACCGUGGAUUUCCAAGGAAACGUCAUAGUUGAUGUCGCUGGCAUUUCAAACUACAAAAAGACACUGCUGCUUGCCCUGAAUCCAGUCUGCUCCGAUAAACCCACUGUAGCAUUCUGCACCGUCCAGAAACCGAACGUGAUAGCAUACAGCACUAGCAUGGCCAAAUGUAUCUCGGCAAGUGGGUGCCAAAGUGGUCAGGGCCAGAACCCCGCAAACUGCGGCUGCGCCUAUUCGUACAAUGGCAAGAUGGUCUUCAGAGCGCCGUCCUUCAAGGAUGUGUCGGACACCGUUAGGUUUCAGCAACUGGAGGAAACCCUCUGGAGGCUACUGGGUCUGCGUGAAGGUGCGGUUCUCCUGAACCGUAUCCACUUCAACGAGGACAACUACCUCCAAGUUCAAGUGAGUCUGUUCCCGUCGACGGGGACGCUCUUCAACGUGUCUGAAGUGAGCCGCAUUGGGUUUCUUCUCAGCAACCAGACCUACAAGCCGCCGCCAAUAUUCGGGCCUUACUUCUUCAUUGCAGAUCCAUAUGUCCCCUUCUUAGUUGCUGGUGGCAAGAAAUCGAAGUUCAGUACAGCUGCUGUUGCUGGAAUCGCAGUGGCCGGUGGGGUUCUUGUGAUUGCCCUCAUUUUGGUGGGACUGUUCGCUUUGCGACAGAAGAGAAGGAACAAGGAACUAAAAGAACGAAGCACCGACCCUUUUGCUUCGUGGGGCGCGGCGCAGAAAGACAGCGGAGGAGCUCCACAGCUGAAAGGAGCGAGGUUCUUCUCCUUCGAGGAGCUGAAAAGCUGCACGGACAACUUUGCAGAUAGCCAUGAGAUAGGCGCAGGAGGCUAUGGAAAGGUGUACAAGGGAACACUUGUGGACGGAAUACGGGUGGCGAUAAAGCGGGCGCAGUCUGGGUCGAUGCAGGGCGCGCCGGAGUUCAAGAACGAGAUCGAGCUGCUGUCCCGGGUUCACCACAGGAACCUGGUGAGCCUGAUCGGCUUCUGCUUCCAGCAAGGGGAGCAGAUGCUGGUUUACGAGUUCGUCGCCGGUGGGACACUGAGGGAGAACCUUGUUGUUAGAGGGACGUACUUGGGCUGGAAGAAGAGGCUGAGGAUCGCGCUCGGGUCGGCGAGGGGGCUGGCGUACCUUCACGAGCUCGCCGACCCGCCGAUCAUCCACCGCGACAUCAAGUCCACCAACAUCCUCCUCGACGAGAACCUCAAGGCCAAGGUCGCCGACUUCGGGCUCUCCAAGCUCGUCGCCGACACCGAGAAGGGCCACGUCUCCACCCAAGUCAAAGGAACACUGGGAUAUUUGGACCCGGAGUACUACAUGACGCAGCAGCUGUCGGAGAAGAGCGACGUGUACAGCUUCGGGGUGGUGAUGCUGGAGCUGGUGAGCGGGAGGCAGCCGAUCGAGAAGGGGAAGUACGUUGUGCGGGAGGUGAGGCAGGCCAUCGACCCGGCCGACCGCGACUACUACGGCCUGCGCGCCAUCGUCGACCCGGCGAUCCGGGACGCCGCGCGGACGCCCGGGUUCCGGCGGUUCGUGCAGCUGGCGAUGCAGUGCGUGGACGAGUCCGCGGCGGCGCGGCCCACCAUGGGCACCGUCGUCAAGGAGGUGGAGGCCAUGCUGCUCAACGAGCCCGACGGGGAGGGGUCCAACUCGGCCGGGUCGUCGGCCACCGAGUUCGACGGCGCCGGCAGGGGCGCGCCCUCGCACCCGUACAGCGACGUGGAGAUCACCCGGUCGUCCUACGGCGGCGCCGGGGAGGCGUCCGAUUACAUGCCCUACUUCGAGGUCAAGCCAAAAUAAUAGACACAUUGUACAUUCAUUUUUGGGGUAUAGAAAGUGUACAUUUUGUUCCUUCUCGUGUCAGCUUGUGAGUUGUGACGAUGAAUUGUACAUUGAUUUUUUUUUGUACGUGUUGCGAGUGAUGUGACUUGUGAUGCAUCGUAUAGUAGUAUUAGAUUCUUCUUUGUUCAUUGUAUGCGAGUUUCACUCUCUUGACAUUCAUUGGAUGCAAGUUCAUUGUUUA